CUACUUUUUCCCAUCAGUCACUGGGAUUUUCCAACGACAUUUUUUGAAGGAGGAGAAAAUUAACGCGCAAUUGUAUACAGUGAAGUAUAUACGCGCUUCGACAGACUCUCUUGCUGACAGGACCAUCGUGUGUGCACGUGCGGUCAGUCUUUGAAUCAGACGCAUAGGAGGAUGCUUCCCAACCGCAGCAGAAUAUUUGUGUCGCAGAUCAACUUCACUCAUCAGACAGUGUCUCUCAACUUCCCCGAGGAGAACGAUGAGACCAUGAGCGACGACUUCCUGCCCAGAUCGCUCGUGGAGCCUGACUGCGUGCUCAAGUCCGAAGCCAAGCCGAGCGAGAUUGAGGACGAGUGGACGCCCGGCGCCUACUGCGUCCCCGCGACGGGAUACAAACCCCCGCCACCGGUGCCACCCCGUGCCGCGCAAGCCAGGUUUCCACAGACGCCCUUCCCUAGUCAGGCGGUGGCUGGAACUAGUGCCGCAGACCAUUACCAGUGGGCGUGGGCGUACCCCAGCUACGCCAGCGGGCGCGAAGAGGGGGGGUACCAGCACCCGCACAGCAUGCCUUCCUCCCUGCCCUCAGAUGAGUACAGCAGCUACCCCGAUGAUGGCAGCCACCUGCAGGCCCGGUCCCAUUCUCUCCCAGGCAGAAACAGCCCCAGCCUGGCCAGCCUGGAGCAGCCGAGCUCCCUGCUUUCCAACCCACCUCUGGCUGCCGCACACCCCCACCCCCACCCUCUCCCCUAUGGCUGUGUGCCCAUGGCCCCUGCCUGCUGUACACAGUAUACACCCCCAGGCCACCACCACAGGGGUCCCGGCCCUCUCCAUCAGCUCAGCCCCCAGCCUGCCUACCACAUGGCCUAUAAGCCCUCAGGUCCUGAGCAGCAUCACCCUGGGCAUGUCCGAACUAGUUCAUUGCAAAGUGAGUAUGUAGUUCCUCAACCCCAGCAUACCAGUCCCAGAGGAACCCAGUUAUCCAUGGAGCAGAGGAAGGUGUUUGUCACAUACGAGUCCGACAGUGAAGACCAUGUCAAAGAGAUCAUCAAGUUUGUUGCCCUGCUGAGACACAACGGCUUUGACACACAUAUCGACGUCUUUGAGCAGCAGCUGAACAGCAUCAGCAAGAUCGACUGCACAGAGAGGUACAUCCAAGAGAAAGAUUACCUGAUCAUCAUCGCCAUAAGCCCUAAGUACUUCGAGGUUGUGUCCGGAGACAGCAUGUUCGUGGAGAGAGACGAACGGACAUUAAACACCGUUUACAUCCACAAACAGCUCCAGAAUGAGUUCAUCCAAAAUGGCUGCAAGAACUUCAGGUUCAUCCCUGUUCUGUUCCCCGGGGCCAAAAAGAGCCAUGUUCCCACGUGGCUUCAGAACACACAUGUGUACAACUGGCCCAAGGAUCGGGACGAUAUCCUGCGGCGACUGAUGAGGGUGGAGAAGUACAACCCUCCGCCCAUCGGAGAGCUGCCCACCAUCGUCUCAAUCCCCAUUUAAACCUGCUGCCCUGGAAACGGAGUAGUGGCACAACUGCCUUUUAAGACAGGUCCGCCCUGUGUGUGUGUGUGUGUGUGUGUGUGUGUGUGUGUGUGUGUGUGUGUGUGUGUGUAUACGUGUGUGAGUGUACUGUAUGGAAUGUUGAUUUUGGCAUGACUUUGUUUGGUGCAGACUGUGAAGAUGGUUUUCUUUGAAAGAUGUUUUUGAAGUUGGGUCGGUUACCCAUUAUGGGAGUGACAGACAGGUAGUUCUUGUCUGUGUGUGGCACAGUGAUGACACCCAACAAAGCUCAGCUCGGUUAAGUUCCUUUCCUAGCCCUGAUCUCUUGGCCGGAUCUCAGCCAUAACUCAGCUGGAUCCAAACCGGUUCUCAACCAGGUCUCAGCCAAAUCCACACCAGAUUUGAGCCAGAGGAUAAGCUCAUUGAUAAGUCACUCAGGUCAGAUGUAUUUAGACUAAGAACCAUCACACAACAUAGCUCUCAGGAGUGGACUAAGAGGUGCUGAAAAGGGAAACAUACCAUACUUUAAAAAGUGUUACAUAUCAAUAGAAUACAAAAAAUGUGACAAAUAACAGCGGGACUACAUUAAUUGCAAUACAGGUUUGAGGUUCUGUUACAUAAGAAAGUGACAUUGAAUGACAUUUUCACUUAGUUUAGGGACAGCAUUUUUCUGAUUCUUGUUAGCAUGGUUUCCUCCGGUUUACUGGAGGGCAGAGGGCACGUCUCACACCCACGCAGUCGGCUACAUCACACACAUGAUUACUAUUUGAUUUAAGGUGUCACAUCGGCACAUUGCUUUGAUAAAAUAUCACAUAAACAUCUAGGUUUUUUUGUGCGGUCAGUUUAUGAAAUGCAACCCUGUUUAUGAAAAGUGGCGACGGUGCCUUUGCUAGUUUCAAGACCCAUGAGCAAUUUAGUGCUUUGCAGGAGGUCCCUUACAACUGCCAAACUGAGCUCUCUGCCUGAAGUACAUUCUUCUCCAUUGCGAGGGUGGUUUUAUUUUCCGUUUGGCAUCUCAAUCAUGUUCUGUACUGUCUUUUAUCUACAGUAUUUCAGGUUUAUUUCCUUGGUUGGAUAUUUUUUUAAUUUUGUUUUUAAAUCCAUUAUGUUGUUGCCUUUUUUGGGGUGUGAAUCAUGUUGUGUUUCCAUCAUGAAUAACAACAUUGUGUCCAACUUCUGGACUUUUGACUUCAAAUGACUUUACCCAGCUACACAAUGGUUAAUAGGUUUAAAUAUUUUUUUGUAUUACUUUAAAUGUAUCUGAAAGAUGCGGUUUGCAGGGGAAAUACAAUACACAUAUUUUGUUCUUAUAGCUCAUCCCUGUAGUCUGAGCCUAGGCCACUGUUGUACACUACAGUGGAAUUCAUAAUGCAAUCAUGUUGUCAAUUUGUGUACUGGGUAUCCAAUAAAGUGGUACCCCAUUUGUCAACAAAAAGAAUCAUGCUCUUACCCGCGACAAUGUUACAUUUUUGUAAUACUAGGCAUUCCAGUUGCACAUUGUCAAUGUCAGAGACUUCAGUCUCGGUAUUGCAAGUCGGUGUAUCACUGCAUCAAAAUUAGUUUGAAGCAGUUAUUUUUAGGUUAAAGAACAACAUUGUGUUGCUUAAAUGAAUGUACUUACAAUAUUAGUUUAGAAUGUUUUUUUUGUUUUGAAUAUUUGGCUGACCCUUUUUGAUUAAUAUAAUAACAAAUUAAUAAUUGUGUUCCGUUUUCCUCACCUUGA